AUGGCCUUAGCAACAAAAAUCAUGGAAAAACUUAACCGUGCUUCCAGGCUCAUUCCACAUAUUCUUGAGGAAGAGGCACGUAAAAAUCCUGAAAGAAUCGUGGCAAUGGUGGCCAAGACAUCUGACAUAUCCGAGGGGUUCAACGAAGUCAAUGCUGAACAGUUCUUGCGUGGUGUGGACUUCCUAGCUCAUUGGGUCGAUUCUAAUAAAUCUAAAUCUGCAAUGACCGAGACUUUCGCGUUUAUUGGUUCUCAGGACUUCCGCUAUCCGAUUAUUGAGAUUGCUUGUAUGAAAACUGGAAAUCCUUUACUUUUACCAAGGGCUGGGAAUGCGUUAGCAAACACAGUUUCGCUGCUCAAGGUGACCAAGAGUACAAAACUUUUCUACGCGACGCAAUAUUCAGAACUUGCUGCGCGAAUUUUAGAGGUACUUCCAACAUUGGAAAAGCACGAAAUACCGACGCUACAGGAAAUAAUAACCACAAAAAACAAGCCGUACCCUUACACGAAGAAUUGGGAUACAAAUAAAGAUGAGCUUGCAUUAAUCAUUCAUACAUCGGGUUCUACAGGUGCACCAAAGCCAAAGAAUUGCAGCCAUGGGUACCUAAGUGGUUUCAUCAACAACAGUGUAUUGUUACCUGAUGUACCCGGACGAGCAAUUGCAGGCUUCAAGUUUGUAGAAAAGUACAAACUACUUUCGAGUGGGUGCAGCUUCUCUCACGCAUCUGGACUCGGCAUGGCAUUCACAACGAUCAUGUUAGGUUCGACAUUGGUUCGUGGCCCACCGAAUGAACCGUCUAGUGGGAAAAUACUUCAUGAUAUCAUGAAGGCUCUUCCAAUUCAAGGACCAAUAGAGGUUCCGAGUAUUAUAGAGCAAUUGUUCUUGAAUCAUAGCGAGGGCCUCGAAGACGAAAUCGCUGCUUUAAAACAUGUUUCCUGGCUUGGAGGCCCACUAUCACAGGAAACAGGGGACUUCAUUAUCCGCAAUACCGACGCAGUAUUGUGGCAGAUUUUCGGUUCGACUGAAUCCGCCCAGUUACCCCUUCUUGUGCCACCCAAAUCACAUUGGUCACAUCUCGAAUUCCACCCCCAGUUUUUACCGGAAUUAGAGCCAGUGAGCUCUGAUUCUACGCUUUGCGAAGUAGUCUUGAACAAAUACAAUGAUCCAGCCCUUGCUUGGGCGCAACCUGUUUUUCACAUGGCACCUGAUCAGACUCAGUGGAGGACCAGGGACAUCUUGCGUCGUUGCAAGGGUCCACUUCCGGAUGGAGUCGGCCCACUUUGGAAGUUCGAAAAUCGACUUGAUGAUCUAAUCAUUCUUUCCAAUGCAUCCAAAGUGAACCCUGUGCACAUUGAGACUCUGCUACAAUCUCACCCACUACUUAACGGCUGUCUUGUGUUCGGGACAAACAGAACUCGUUGUGGGGUCUUACUAGAACCCAAAGAAGAUUCGACGUUGCUAGAGGAAGAUUUGGUAGCAAAAGUAUGGCCGGACGUGGAAAAAGCUAACGACACGGUACCAGAACAUGCUCGAGUUGAGCGACAGCUAGUUCUCGUCGCGAAGAAGAAUAAGAUGUUUGAAAGGGCUGCCAAGGGAACUAUCGUUAGAUCUAUUUGUACAAACAUCUAUAAAGCUGAGAUUGAUGAUUUAUACGCAGCGUUUGAGACAAGGAACCACGUAUUCGAUAAGACUGCUCUCAAGGUGCGAGUUUAG